CUUCCUUGGUCUUCCCCUCCCUUCUAUCGCUCCUCUUCCUCUCACGUGUCUUUAUUGGUCGAAACAAUAUCGCUCCAGGGCCGAUUGGAGGAGAGGGAUUUGGACAUAGAAAGAGGCGAAAGGUGAUAGCAUCGCAGAAGAGAACUCCUCAUGUAUUCCUCUCUAAAACCCUAACCCUAAUCCUUUGCGGCAAAGAUGAUCAAUCUUGGCAUGGACAACCGCCCGUCGACCUCCGUGACGGCGGAAAAGGCCAUUUCCUUCAUAUCCAAGGGUUGGAGGGAGGUGCGCGAUUCCGCGGGCGCCGACCUCCAGUUGAUGCGUGCUAGGGCUAAUUCCUUCAAGGAUCUGGCGGACCGCGAGGUCGAGAACUUUCUUCAUUCAGCGUCUGUCUUCUCCAUCGCAUCACAAGCUCCGAUGAACAGUGCCAUCGCCGAGCUCGAGUUCGUAAAGCGGAUCCAGCCCAAAUUGUCGGAGUUCCGGCGAGCGUACUCAUCGCCGGAUUUUAGCAGGAAGAUGCUGGAGAAGUGGAGUCCUAGGUCGAGUAUCAGGAUUGAUCUGUCCGGGAUUCGGAACGCCAUCGUCUCGGAAGUUGAUGACAAUGGAGGAUUAUUGGAUUUUGAAAGGGGUAGAACUCAGCGCCUCGUUAGAAGGAUUCGGUGGAAGGAAAGGGAAAGGGAGAAGGAGGAGUGGGAACCAAUUCGACAAUUGAAGGGGAGGUUUAAAGAAUUAGAGAAAAAGGGGCAAUCGAACGAUGUAUUUGGGAAUUUCAAGGGUAGCGAGUUGGUCGAGAAACUGAAAUUGAGCUUGAAAUCGUUUUGCAAGGAGCCUGAAGAGUCAAAGGAAGUUCCCCCCUUGGAUCUACCAGAACUCUUGGCAUACCUAGUUAAGCAAUCUGUGCCUUUGUUUGAUCAGUUUGGCAUAAGGAGAGAUAUAUGUGACAAAAUUGUGGAAUCACUGUCCAACAAGCGUAAAGAUCAUCUGCAAUCUGUGUCUGGGGAAGAUGCAUCCCUUAUCGAGCAUCACAACAUCAGCAAUGAUCUUAAUUUCAGAAUCGCUAGUGUGCUACAAAGCACCGGUUAUCAUUCUGAUGGCAGUUAUUGGACUGGUUUUACAAAUCAUGGCAUAGAAGAUAAGAAACGCCAUGUUGCAAUUAUCACGACUGCCAGUCUCCCAUGGAUGACGGGAACCGCUGUAAACCCAUUGUUCCGAGCUGCAUAUUUGGCAAAGUCUGCAAAACAGAAAGUAACAUUGUUGGUACCUUGGCUUUGCAAGGCAGAUCAGGAGUUAGUGUAUCCUAAUAGCCUUACAUUCAGCUCUCCAGAAGAGCAGGAAGUUUACAUACGAAGCUGGUUAGAAGAGAGGGUUGGCUUUAAAACAGACUUUAAAAUCUCCUUUUAUCCUGGGAAGUUCUCUAAAGAGAGGCGCAGUAUUAUACCUGCUGGAGACACUUCAGAAUUCAUACCCUCCAAGAAAGCUGAUAUCGCAAUACUUGAAGAACCAGAGCACCUGAACUGGUACCAUCAUGGCAAACGUUGGACUGAUAAGUUCAACCAUGUUGUUGGUGUCGUCCACACAAAUUACUUGGAAUACAUUAAAAGGGAGAAGAAUGGAGCUCUCCAAGCUUUCCUGGUGAAGCAUAUUAACAACAUGGUAACUCGUGCUUACUGCCACAAGGUUUUGAGACUCUCCGCAGCAACUCAGGAUCUACCUAGAUCUGUUAUUUGCAAUGUUCAUGGUGUCAACCCUAAAUUCCUCGAAGUUGGGGAGAUUAAAGCAGCUGAAAGGGAUAGUGGGCAGCAGGCAUUCUCCAAAGGAGCAUACUUUUUGGGUAAGAUGGUUUGGGCAAAAGGUUACAAAGAGUUAAUAGAUUUGUUGGCAAAUCACAGUAAUGAAUUAGAGGGCUUCAAGUUAGAUGUCUACGGCAACGGAGAAGACUCCCAUGCAGUGCAGUCCACUGCCCAGAAACUGCAGCUGAAUAUGAACUUUAUGAAAGGCAGGGAUCAUGCUGAUGAUUCGCUUCAUGGGUAUAAGGUGUUCAUAAAUCCCAGUGUCAGUGAUGUCCUGUGCACCGCUACAGCUGAGGCUUUAGCUAUGGGAAAGUUUGUUAUCUGUGCAGACCAUCCAUCAAACGAUUUCUUUAGAGCCUUCCCUAACUGCUUGACUUACAGAACAUCAGAGGAAUUUGUUGCAAGAGUAAAGGAGGCUCUUGCAAACGAGCCUCAGCCCCUGACCCCUGUGCAAAGGUAUAAUUUAUCCUGGGAGGCUGCCACCCAAAGAUUUCUUGAGUACUCCGAGCUUGACAAAGUGCUGAGUAGAAACAAUGAAGAUUCCAUGGAGAGUGGAAAAGCUAAUCUGAUCUCAAAAAUCAAGAAAUCAGUUUCAUUACCAAGUUUAUCUGAAGCAGUUGAUGGGGGAUUGGCUUUUGCUCAUUAUUGUUUGACAGGAAAUGAGCUCCUGAGAAUUUCUACCGGAGCAAUUCCGGGCACCAGAGAUUAUGAUAAGCAGCAUUGCGUUGAUUUGCAUCUGUUGCCUCCUCAGGUGCAGAAUCCUAUAUAUGGCUGGUAGGCUUUGUUUUCUCUGUAAUAGUAUUUUCUUCUGUAGCCCUAAGUAAGGUUGAAGAAUGCUGCUUUUACCGGCCUAUAGGGGCUUCGGCCUUCCCCUGCCCUUUCCCCUGUGGCAUUUCUCUGCUAUAGUUUGUGGAAUUUGAUGGCAAGGAGGGAUGCUGCAACAGGUAAAUUCUACUUCAUGUGAUAUUUUUAAUUUUGAAGUACCUAAUACAGUAGAAUUGUUAUUUUUGCAAUUUUUAGUGUAAAUAUAAGUUUUUGAUUCUAUAUUUGUGGUUUUAGUUUAUAUGGAAAUCCAUGUAUCGAAGUAUUAACAUUGCGUUUCUAAAUAGGCCAACUUGUUUGAG